AUGCCCUGGCCAACCACCACAUCAUGCAACCUCACCGUCUCCAUGCUCGUCUCCGCCUUCGAUGCCUCCAUGAACAUAUCAUCAGACUUCACCACUUUCGUCGCCACCGCCGUGCUGCCGCUCGCGCCCGACGGCGGCGUCAGCAGCACGUUCAGCCUGCAGGUCAGCAGCGUGCAUGGCGUGUCCGGGGCGAUGGAACACGACGGGAGUUUAUCCAGGGAAGACCAUGGCAUCGCAGGGGACGCGACGACGUUCUUGCCGCGUGUGUUUCGGGAGUUUUUGUCGUAUUUUGGAAGUAGUGAGGAGUUCACGCUGCCUCUUGCUGCAGAGCCUCACUGGGAACGCAUCCUCUUCUCCCGCCGCACCUGCCCCUCCUUCGCCUACACAGAGGGCGACCGCCUGAACAGCUACAUCCAGUCCGCCAUCUACCAGCAGUCUAUGAAGGAGCCUGCUUCGGGCACUGUGCCGGUCAGGUGCCUCAAAGUGUGGUUCCAGCAGGAGCGCUUGUCGUGCAGACGGCGGAGAAGGCGGGGUUUGCGACGGGCUGAAGCAUGGCGAGAUGACGCGCAGCGGUGGAGGAUAUGUGGGACGGCUGCUGCGAUCCGGCCACACGUCCGUGUCAUUCAGUGCUAGCUAGAAGCAUAAAAUUGUACAGCCGUAUACACGAACACGUUGUGCUCUAUGCACUCUCACACUUGUGAUCAUCUUGGUACCCACGUUUAUGGGCGUGCCCACAUAUUUCCUGUGUCUAGUUGUCCCCAGCGAUGCUCGUCUGUCUUUCGCCUCCUCAUCUCACACAAUGAGAGUGUUCCGCCACCACGCUCUUUCGCAAGAAGCACGGUAUGAUCUCACUCACGUGGAAGACUCUUCUUGCUCUUGUGGAUCAACACACUAUACGCAGCCGCUUCACUUCCUAUAGAGCUUUCACCACCGACUAGAGUAGAUCACGUUGUUUAGAAAAGGAAGCAAGACCCCGGUCCACCAACAACCUCUAUCAGGUAGCAAGAGC